UCCAGAGCCAAUUUGAAACUUAGCGGUUAAAUAUCCGGUUGGGACACCACCGCUGGAAGACCGGAGAAGACGCCGCUUCGCUGUCUUUAGAGUGUCGGGCUGCCGAGGAGUCCUGUGGUGGCCAAAUCCGAAGGAGAGUGACUCUUCAACGGCAGCGACCGGGCUGCGAGGAGGCUUACGCAGAGACAGUGCUGAGGUAGGAUCAUGACGGAAGAGGUGAAGGGAAUUCCUGUAAAAGUGGCACUGCGAUGUCGCCCUCUGGUUCUCAAAGAGAUUAGUGAGGGCUGUCAGAUGUGCCUUUCCUUCGUACCCGGGGAACCGCAGGUGGUGGUAGGUACUGAUAAGUCCUUCACCUACGAUUUUGUAUUUGACCCCUCUACUGAACAGGAAGAAAUCUUCAAUACAGCAGUAGCACCACUCAUAAAAGGCAUAUUUAAAGGAUACAAUGCAACCAUCCUGGCUUAUGGACAGACUGGCUCUGGAAAAACCUAUUCAAUGGGAGGUGCAUACACUGCAGAGCAAGAGAAUGAACCAACAGUUGGGGUCAUUCCUAGGGUAAUACAGCUGCUCUUCAAAGAAAUUGAUAAGAAGAGUGACUUCGAAUUUACUCUGAAAGUAUCAUACUUGGAGAUUUACAAUGAAGAAAUCUUGGAUCUUCUAUGCUCGUCUCGUGAGAAAGCCUCUCAAAUAAAUAUACGAGAGGAUCCUAAGGAAGGCAUAAAGAUUGUGGGACUCACUGAGAAGACUGUUUUAGUUGCCAAGGAUACUGUUUUCUGUUUGGAGCAGGGCAACAACUGUAGGACUGUGGCCUCCACAGCUAUGAACUCCCAGUCAUCCCGUUCUCAUGCCAUCUUUACAAUCUCUGUAGAACAAAGAAAGAAAAGUGACAAGAGUAGCAGCUUUCGCUCCAAGCUGCAUCUUGUAGACCUUGCUGGAUCAGAAAGACAAAAGAAAACCAAGGCUGAAGGUGAUCGUCUAAAAGAGGGUAUUAAUAUUAACCGAGGACUCCUAUGCUUGGGAAAUGUGAUCAGUGCUCUCGGAGAUGACAAAAAGGGUGGCUUUGUGCCCUAUAGAGACUCCAAGUUGACUCGACUGCUUCAAGAUUCUCUAGGAGGUAAUAGCCACACUCUUAUGAUAGCUUGUGUGAGUCCUGCUGACUCCAAUCUAGAAGAAACAUUAAAUACCCUUCGCUAUGCUGACAGAGCAAGAAAAAUCAAGAAUAAACCUGUUGUUAAUAUUGAUCCCCGGACAGCUGAACUUAAUCAUCUGAAGCAACAGGUACAGCAGCUACAGGUCUUAUUGCUACAAGCCCAUGGAGGCACCCUGCCUGGAUCUAUAAAUGUGGAACCAUCAGAGAAUCUACAGUCUUUGAUGGAGAAGAAUCAGUCCCUGGUAGAGGAGAAUGAAAAAUUAAGUCGUGGUCUGAGUGAGGCAGUUGGUCAGACAACCCAGCUGUUGGAGAGGAUCAUUUUGACAGAGCAAACGAAUGAAAAAAUUAAUGCCAAACUAGAAGAGCUCAAGCAGCAUGCAGCCUGUAAAGUGGAUCUUCAAAAGCUAGUGGGGAGUUUGGAAGACCAGGAAUUAAAAGAAAAUAUAGAGAAAAUUUGUAACCUGCAGCAACUGAUUACCCAGAUACCGGAUGAUACUGUUGCUUGCAUGGCUGCAGCCAUUGAUACUGGAGUUGAUCCGGAAGCUCAAGUGGAAACCAGUCUACAGACCAGUAGGUCUUCUGAUGGAUUCACCACUCAACAUGUUCUCCGUCAAGCUCAGAUGUCUAAGGAGCUGGUUGAGUUGAAUAAAGCCCUUGCACUGAAAGAGGCCCUAGCCAGGAAGAUGACUCAGGAUGGCAGUCAACUACAGCCCAUUCAGUUCCAGUAUCAGGAUAACAUUAAAAAUCUAGAAUUGGAAGUCAUCAAUCUGCAAAAGGAAAAGGAAGAAUUGCUUCUUGAACUUCAGGCAACAAAGAAGGAUGUUAACCAAGCCAAGUUGAGUGAGCGCCGCCGCAAACGUCUCCAGGAGCUAGAGGGUCAAAUAGCUGAUCUAAAGAAGAAACUGAAUGAACAGUCAAAACUUCUGAAGCUGAAAGAAUCCACAGAGCAUACCAUCUCCAAACUGAACCAGGAGAUACGGGUGAUGAAAAACCAGCGGGUACAGUUAGUGCGUCAGAUGAAAGAGGAUGCUGACAAGUUUAGACAGUGGAAACAACAAAAAGACAAAGAAGUAAUCCAAUUGAAAGAACGGGAACGAAAGAGGCAAUAUGAGCUGCUCAAACUUGAAAGAAACUUCCAGAAACAAUCUAAUGUGCUUAGACGUAAAACUGAGGAGGCAGCAGCUGCCAACAAGAGGCUCAAGGAUGCUCUCCAAAAACAACGGGAGGUCGCAGAUAAGCGGAAAGAGACUCAGAGCCGUGAAAUGGAAGGCACUGCAGCUCGAGUGAAGAGUUGGCUUGGAAAUGAAAUUGAGGUUAUGGUCAGUACUGAAGAAGCCAAACGCCAUCUGAAUGACCUUCUUGAAGAUAGAAAGAUCCUUGCUCAGGAUCUGGCUCAACUCAAAGAACAAAAGGAAUCUGGGGAGAAUCUACCUUCUAAAUUCCGGAGGCGCACAUUCUCAGUUGCUGAACUGCAUGGUCAAGUUUCUGAAUCAGAGGAUUCCAUUACAAAGCAGAUUGAAAGCCUAGAGACUGAAAUAGAACUCAGGAGUGCUCAGAUUGCUGACCUACAGCAGAAGCUGCUGGAUGCAGAAAGUGAAGACAGGCCAAAACACCGCUGGGAGAAUAUUGCUACCAUUCUGGAAGCCAAGUGUGUUGUGAAAUAUUUAAUUGGAGAGGUGCUGUACCUUCUCAGUCAGCUGCAGCAAAGCCAAAUGGCAGAGAAGCAGCUAGAAGUGUCAGUCAGUGAAAAGGAACAACAGCUGCGGAGCACACUGAAAUGUCAGGAAGAAGAACUUGAGAAGAUGCGCGAAGUAUGUGAACAAAAUAAGCAGCUUCUCCGAGAGAAUGAAAUCAUAAAGCAGAAACUGACUCUCCUCCAAGUAGCCAGCAAAAAGAAACCACAUCUUCCUAAGGAUACCCUUCUAUCUCCAGACUCUUCUUUCGAAUAUAUCCCACCUAAGCCAAGACCUUCCCGUUUUAAAGAAAAGUUACUGGAGCAGAGCAUGGACAUCGAUGAUCUAAAAUACUGUUCUGAGCAUUCUGUGAAUGAGCCUGAGGAUGGUGAUAUCGACGAUGGGGAUGAUGAGGAAUGGAAACCAACAAAAUUAUUUAAGAUAUCCAAGAAGAGCAUCCAAGUGUGUUCCUGCAAGGGCUGGUGUGGGAAUAAGCAGUGUGGGUGUAGGAGACAGAAGUCGAACUGUGGUGUGGACUGCAGCUGUGACCCCACAAAGUGUAGGAACCGUCAGCAAGACAAGGAUAGCUUGGGCACUGUUGAGCAGACCCAGGAUUCUGAAGGCUCCUUUAAACUGGAGGAUCCCACAGAGGUGACCCCCGGAUUGAACUUCUUCAACCCCAUCUGUGCCACUCCAAACAGCAAGAUCCUGAAAGAGAUGUGUGAGGUGGAGCAGGUUCUGUUAAAGACUGCUCCAGAUGCCUCCUCCUUUGGUCUCCAAGAGUUGAAACAUGUAGCCACAGAAUCUCAAGAAAAUAAAGCUCCAGGGAAGAAAAAGAAACGAGCUCUGGCCAGCAAUGUCAGCUUCUUCUCUGGCUGCUCCCCUAUUGAAGAAGAGGCCCCCUGAAGUUGGACUCUUCAUCUCUGCCCCAGUCUGGCUUGCAAGACGUCUUCCGGUUGCAGCCAGAGGUGUUUUUUUUAAUGACUCCUCUAGAUUUCAGGUUUCUUGCUGUUGAUCAAAGGGACAGCGUGUUACUGAAAGGGAAGGAACUUUUGUUGGAUGUUGGCCCUCAGUCUCCAGACCUUCAGCCCCAGACUAUUACUCUCUCUUCUCCAGAAGGGUGCUAAGUUGCCUGCUGAAGAGAGACCCAGCUGACCUUCCUGCUGACUCUUCGGGAACCAGUCUCCAGUACAAUGGAGCUCUUUCUGAUUUGCCAGCAGUUCAGGCUGUCUCCCAAUGCAGAUGAGGCCAAGGCUGUCUUAUCUCUAGGUUGUGUCAGCUUAAUGACAGAGCCUGCCCUAGGUGGGAGGUAAAUGAAAUCUUUAAAAAUGUUAAUGUUUUUAAAAAUAAAGAAAGAAAUAAAGCUU